UUAGGUAAUAAUGAUAAUGACCAUAAACAAGAGCAAAACACAUCAGUCCAUAAGAGGACAUUCAAUGCUUAGUCCUUUCUUGAAGGACUGUCACAGACUUUUUAACAUCACUUCCACAUUUGCUUUGCAAAACCAGUUCACAGCAAAAACAAAAAUAACCCUGCAGUGACUGACAUUUCUGGAUGUGCUGUGAUGCUGACAUCUCCAAAAAUAUGUCUUCUCACCUUUACCAACUGCUUUCCACAGCUUUCCAUCGAGAACAGUAACCAAGAAGCUAUGUGCCUCCCAGUCAUCAUUUACUACUUUAACUAUACACACUCUUAGAAGGCAAGCAUGUUUUAACUCAUCUUCUUUGUUUUGCAGGUCCCAUCACAUGUAUUCACCUUCGAUGUCCUGACUUCUUACUCAAAAUCAGUGGUGAAUAAUAUUUCAACUGUUUAACCAGUGUUUUUGUUCUGGUGGAGACACAGUUGUUGGUGGUGUGAUAUCUGGGGCUACAUGACUGUUCAAGAUGGAAGGACAGAGGUGGUGCUAGUUGACUUUGAGAGAAUGGAGAACGUUGACAACAGCAUGGACAACUUCAAUGAUCCAGAUUAUCCCAAUGAGAUGACUGUUUUGAUGGUAGACAUACCAGACUGUGGGCCUGGCAACACUUAUACUACAGAAGUGUUGUCAUAUAAAGAGAAGAUCCCACAGAAUCUAGAGGUACAGCAAUCACCCGUCUUGCCUCCACAAGCCAGGAGAGGUCGUGCUAGUUGUGCUAGUAUCCUUUCCAACUGGAAACUACUUGUGAACAUUGAAGGGACACAAAGCGACACUAUCUUCAGUAAACUCGCUAAAGAAUGCUACGAGGACUUGUUUGUUGAUAAGCGAGGUCUCGAUGAUGGGGAACAGAAGGUCAUCAUUAACAUUGCUGGUCUUAAGUUUGAAACACACUUGAAGACCCUCAACCAGUUCCCUGAUACUUUACUGGGAGACCCGAUGAAAAGAAUGGACUAUUUUGACCCAAUGAGAAAUGAGUAUUUCUUUGAUCGCAAUCGUCCAAGCUUUGAUGGGAUCUUGUACUACUAUCAGUCAGGAGGCAAGAUCCGUCGACCUGCAAAUGUACCUAUAGAUAUCUUCACAGAUGAGAUCAUCUUCUACGAGCUAGGACAGGAAGCCAUGGAACAGUUCCGCGAGGAGGAAGGCUUCAUCAAAGAUGUUGAGAUCCCUUUGCCUUCCAGUGAGUUCUACAGACAGUUCUGGCUGCUUUUUGAAUACCCAGAGAGCUCCAAUGCAGCCCGAGGAGUUGCUCUUGUUUCCAUCUUUGUUAUUGUUAUCUCCAUCAUCAUAUUCUGCAUGGAGACUCUCCCUGAAUUCCAUGAGGACCUCGAGAUUUUCCCAACCAUGGGUCUUUUCUUGAACCAGACCCAGGGUAAGAGCUUUCCCGUAGGUUCUUCACCAAGCACCACUCCCAAAACUAUUUCCAGCACCUUCUCCGACCCCUUCUUCAUCAUUGAGACCACUUGCAUCAUCUGGUUCUUUUUUGAGCUGAGUGUGCGUUUCCUGGUCUGCCCCAGCAAACAGGAAUUCUUCAACAACAUCAUGAACAUGAUUGACAUUGUGUCCAUUAUUCCCUAUUUUGUCACAUUGAUAACUGAAAUAGUGACCUCCACCAAUAAGUCCAAUACAGGGCAGAAUAUGUCCCUGGCUAUCCUAAGAAUCAUCCGACUGGUGCGAGUCUUUAGGAUCUUCAAGCUAUCAAGGCACUCCAAAGGGUUGCAGAUCCUGGGCCAAACGCUAAAUGCCAGCAUGAGGGAACUUGGGCUGCUCAUCUUCUUUCUCUUUAUUGGGGUCAUUCUGUUCAGCAGCGCCAUCUAUUUCGCUGAGGUGGAUGAUACCAACACUCAGUUUGUUAGUAUUCCUGAUGGAUUCUGGUGGGCUGUUGUUACCAUGACUACAGUGGGUUACGGAGACAUGUGUCCCAUAACAUUAGGUGGUAAGAUUGUUGGCAUUCUAUGUGCCAUUGCUGGAGUGUUGACAAUUGCCCUGCCAGUGCCUGUAAUAGUCUCAAAUUUCAACUACUUCUACCACAGAGAGACUGAGCAGGAGGAAAAGCAGCCUAUAGCUGAAGUUACAGAUCAAACUGUAAAGUCAGGGAACGCUACAAAACAUAGAAGUAUUUCCUCUCUGAACAAAGCAAAUGGGAACUGGCAGACAGACAAAUCAAAGUGUUAAAACAUGAACAUAUAUAUCGAAACUAACAGUGUGAAUCUCAUGAAAACGUGUUGUGAUCAUAUUUCAUUCCUAAAAAUAAAUAUUUUCUAAAGAAAAUGAAGCC